AAUAUAAAUUGAGUAUAGUUGAUUACAAAUGGAUUUAGAUGACUUAGAUAUCUACGAAGAUUUGGAUACAUUCCAGCAAGAUGAAGAAAAGAAAACGGCAGAACUUCUUUCACUGGAAGCAAAGUAUAAUGAUUCCCUGAAAACGAUUGAAACUUUGCAGUUGGAAAAUGCGGAUUUGAAAAAACAAAUAAGACGAAUAGGUAUCAAUUUUCAAAACUUGUUGGACACAGCAAAAGCAGAGAUCAAACGCAAGGACAAACAAAUCGAACAAUUACGCAAAGAGAAGGAUGAUAUCUGCUUCAGACGUAAACAACCAAGAAGGGAAUAUACAGAUGUUGCAAGCACGUCGCAAAACACAAAUACUUGGUUUAAAAGCGAAAUUCCUACAGCAAAUACUAAUGAAAAUGCGCAAAUCACCAGCAAAAAUGUUGAAGCCAUAGACAAUGAACAACCGAGUGCAACGUCGUACAAUACACGCGGUCGUGAAAUUACACAUGAACCCGAUGACUAUAAAAAACAAGAACGUCGCAAUGAAAGUUUGGAGCGUAAGUACGAUAGUGAUCCUACGCGUGAAAAAUACAACAGAAGCAAUAACCAGAGGGAACAGCAUGUGUCGAGAUACAAUGCGCGUAGUACGGAACGUGCUGGAAAUUUCCGGAACGCCACAAGAGAUUAUAGUCGGAGUCAUGAUAGCAGAACAGUUGAUAGGGGUCAUAACAUUAAAAAUAAAAAUUUUUACAGCGAAACUGAAAAAGAAUCAUAUAACAGCACAGACGACAGACGACAACAUUCCUAUGAUAGAUUGGGCGACCGUUCAAGAUAUCACGGCAAAGAGGAAAAAACCAAGUCUGAAAGUUAUGAUGGUCGCCAUGACAGGCGUAGCGAUAAUAAAGAAGCAAGAACCAAGUCUGAUAGUUCUGACGCUCGUUAUGACAGGCGAAGCGAUAGCAAAGGAGCGAGAUUCAAGUCUGAAAGUUCUGACGCUCGUCAUGACAGACGAAGCGAUGGCAAAGAAGCAAGAUUGAAGUCUGAAAGUUCCGAUGUUCGUCAUGACAGACGAAGUGAUAGCAAGAGACAUCACGAGGAUGCAAUUAAAAAAUCUAAGGAAACGAAUGAGAAAGCAUGUGAUAAAGUUAUGAAUAGUAAUAGAGAUAAAACUGUAACUUAUGCAAAAAAUUCUGAUGGCCUUACACAAAGUAAAGAUAUUCGUGGGAAAACACCGAAUCCUUUUAAAGAUGGAAGAAGGGAAGAUAAAUUAAUUGAAAAUCCCAAAUUUAGUGAAAGAACGCAUGAAGACACGAAGAAUAUGCAAAUAGGAGGUGAUUUUUUAGAUAAGCAUCUGCCAGCAUCCAAAGACUCACAAAGUCUUGAAAAAUUACCGGCAGAGCAAAAGCUAACCAAGGAAAAAUUAAUAGCGCUAGAAAAUGAGUUUUCUUGUAAAGAAACGGAUAAAAAUGCAAAUCGUUUGUUGUCGGCAGACGGUAUGACGACACCAAAGAAAACAACCUUGUUUGACGAACUUUUCGGAAACACACCCACCAAUGCGGGCGAUGUAAACAGUAAUGUGAUUGACUUUCGAAAGGGUAGCGGCAGUUCGGCAACAACCUCUCCCAGUAAUUAUACCGAUACCAGCGAGCCGACAAUAAUAUCUUCCACAGUCAAUAGUAAGAAAACAGACACGAAUGACUAUUAUAUACCAAUAAAAGGAGAACAAAACAGGCAAAAUAAAAAUGAUGUCAGUCUUGUAACGAACAGCGAUAACGGUUGUUUGGCAGGUAAGCAGCUUAUUUCCAGUCUCACUAGUAAAAAUCAAGCUGCAAAUGAGAAUUCAGCUGAAAAGUCAGUCACUUGUGUGAAAACAAACGAAGAAACGGUAGAUUAUGCCAAAAUAGCCACAAUUUUACUAUCAGAAGACGAGGAAGAGACUGAAAUUGAGCAAGCAGCUGAAACACACGAAGAUGAAAGCGUCAAAAAUGAAGCCAAAACUAAUGGGAAUAAAAUUAAUGGUGGCAUACAAAUUUUGUCGAACAUACGUCUACCCAAUAUUUAUGAGAUACGUGCACACCAAAGACGACUUCGGGAACUCGCUGCAGCUAAAAAGGCCAAACGCGGUAAGAUUGCGGAAACAAACAAUAUAAAGCAAAAUGCAGCACAAAAUAUUACUGAAGUGGUUGUGCCAGUUUUGGAACUGCUUACCAAAGGUAUACAGAAGAACUCGACAACAACAACAACCGUCGCAAAAAAUAAUGAAGGUGUUGAUUUGGAAGAGGAAAGCAUCGAAGCAAAAAUUCAACAGGAUAAAAACACGCAUAAAAACUCAUCACAGUUAAGCGCUGGAAUUAGUGCUGACACAAAUGCCAUUAUGCUUAAUAAUGAAAUCACGACAGAAGUGAGUAGUUCAGAUGCAACUAAAAUCGCUGACCGGCAAAGCAUAGAAAAUUUGAAGUUGGUGAAUAAAAAUGUUACGCCGCCUUUGGAAGCGAACACGGAAGCUACGCAUAAUGAUAAGACUGUUGCUGACGAGUCCAUAAGAUCUAAUAAUACCGAAAAAUCCGGAGAGGUUCUAAACGAAACAGAGGGUAUUAGUGAAAUAGCCACUGCAGAAGCAACAGAGAAAGUCGUGCAAAUAGCCACUGCAAAGACCAUUUUAACUAACACUAUUAGUGAUGCAUUGGAGACUGUUGAGCUCAUAGUAGAAGAGGCGGUUGUCCCAAAUGAAACGAAAUCGACACAUACUGCAAUUAAAACGGUUAUAACAUCAGCUGUGAGUCCAGCAACUAAUAUCAACAAUGAAAAGAAUGAAUCUGGCGGUUUGUCUUUGAGCCCCACUACUGUGACUAAUACACCAAAUAACGAUAUGCCAGAUAUGGAUUUGUUGACAGAUCUAUUGCCAGACGUCAGUGAGAAAUCAAUAGUAGAGUGCAUAGAAAAUAUUAAAGAAACACAGGAAUUUGAUGAGAGUAACAACGGAAUUUCGCAGACCAAUAAGGCGUCGGAAAAUAUCGCAGCUAUGUCACUCUUGGAAGAAGACUCAACUCAGCUUAAAGCAUGUGGUGAAAACACAAACAAUCUGUUACAAAAUACUCCAAUGGAUAUUGAAGAAAAAGAAUCGUGCAAGCAAAAUGCAAUUGCUCAGCAAAAAGAAAUUGAAGAGCAAAACAUAGAUAUUACAGACGAAGAGAAUCUGCAAGCAACUGAAAAACUGAUUGAAGCUGUGAAUACUGCAAAUAAAACUACGAUCGAAGUAAAAGUUGCGUCAGAGAAUGCUGUGAGCAACUGUGACUCAAUGUUAGGCGAAGAGAAGAGCGAAGAAAACAACUACAAAACUCAUGAACUUAUUACAGAGCAAAAGCCAAUUGCACGAAGUGAGGUUGCCACACAAAAAGUUGUGCCUGAGUCGGCGGAAUAUACUUCAGAAGAAUUGCUUGACUCUACAGACACUACAAAUGAAAGUUCCAGUGAAACUGAAAUUGGCAAAACGAAAAACACUGAAGUUAUGGUACCUGAUGCCACAAACCCAAUUAUAAAUGAAACAGAAAGAAGUGCAGAUUGGAUCAGAAACCUUUUUGAUAAGUCAGAGAGUACAUUACCCAACGGCAUUUCUGAAGAAACCGCAAAUUCAGAAAACACGACUGAAAAUGGUAGUGAUCCUGUUAGAGAAAAGUUGGAGAGUACAAAACGUAUUUCUGAAGAAACCGCUAUUGCAGAAAACACGACUGAAAAUGGUAGUGAUCCUGUUAGAGAGAAGUUGGAGUGUGCAAAUCGUAACGGUAUUUCUGAAGAAACCGCUAUUGCAGAAAACAUGACUGAAAAUGGUAGUGAUCCUGUUAGAGAGAAGUUGGAGAGUGCAAAUCGUAACGGUAUUUCUGAAGAAACCGCUAUUGCAGAGAGUGUUAGUGGUCCUGUUAUUGAAAAGUCGCAGAGUACAAAGCGUAACAGUACCUCAGAAGAAUUCUCAAGUGCACAAAUCACCGCAGAGAGUGGUAGUGAUCUUUUUAAUGAUAAGUCGGAGAGUACAGAACUCAACAGUAUUUCCGAAGAAUUCUCAAUUGCAGAAAGCACGCCAUCGAGUGGUAGUGGUCCUAUUACGGAAGAGACGGAGGGCACUAAACACAUCGGUAGUUCUGAAGAAUCCGCUAUUGCUGAAGGCACAACCGUUGUCGACGAAAAUGAUCUGUGUGAAACCGAAGCUGCGGUGUCUUAUUUAAUUAACAACAUGGACAAACCGACCAAUAGCUUUAUAGAUGGAAAUGAAAAAAUAACGGAAGUUCAAAAUGUGCUCAACAUAGAGACGAAGAAUGCGGUGGAAUCAAAAGUAGUUGAGAAGCAACCUAAGGCAGUCGAUAACCAACGGAAUAAAAAUCCAAAAAGUAAAGCGAAAGAACUUCCGAAUACCGUAAAUAUUACCCCCGAACGUAAUGUGGUUAUUGAGAAUAUGAAGCGGUCCGAAGUUUUGUGGAAAUUUAAAAUACCAAAAAUUUCUGCGAAAAGGAAGAGAGAAGAGAGCGUCGAUGGUAGUAGUGCAAAAGAGAGUAAGAACGCAGGCACUGACGUAGUUAAAAAAGAGAAACAUUCUAUUAAAGCAGAAGAACCAAUAAUUCCAUAUAAGAAGAAGAAGAAUGAAAAGUUAACACCAAAACAUAUGCCAGAGGAAACAAAGAUGCUUGAGAUCAAUGGAAAUAUAGACAAGAAUCUGUUGGAAACGAAAACACUAUUUGAGAACCAAAAGAAAAGUGAGCGCAUCAUAAAAGAAAUCGAUAACUGGGCAAGAAGGAAGGUGGGCGAGACAACGGAAAUUUUUGAAACAGAAAAUCAAAUAGAAUAUAUACAAGCACCCAAAGUGUCUACCAACAAACACGACGAAACUGUAAAAAAGACACACAGUAAAGAUGAAAUACACACAGUACAAAAGACUGAUGAACACAAGGCACACAAAGAUAAAAAUAGUGAAAGUACUACGAUUGAUGUCAAAUGCAACACCGCAAAACAACGGGAUCACAAUAAGCCGCCAACAGAAGAGAGAAGUACUCGUGAGCGCAGUAGUGAGAAGAGAGAUCAAACACAAAUGUUAAAGGGACAGAACACAAAAAUUCAAGAGCGCCGAAAAAGUCAACCAAAAGUAGAGCACGACGAACACUCACAAGGCACGAAAUAUCGAAAUGGCAAACAUGAUGUGGGAAUCCAUAAGGAAAAGAGUCAAGAGAGUGACGAAAUGGCAGCUAAAUGUGGGCAAAGGAUUGUUACAAAGGCUCAGCGUGGUGAAUUAAAAACUUUAAAGGUCGAUAUUAGUGUAAAAGCAAAUAAUACCGUUAAAAAUGCGCUUGGAAGUCAUGAGUUUGAGGAAAAAUCUAAGAAUUCUUCCGACAGCAAUCUUCAAAAUGAAAAUGCCGUUAAGAAAGCGCAUGAAAGUUUGAAAUUUUCCACUAAGGAGCACAUAACCUCUAAAUCACAGGUGGCAGUAGCUGCAGUUUCCUGCGAAAUAAAUAAUGUGAAAUGUGAUAUCUCAAAAGAGCCAGCAGCCGAUUUAAAACAGAAGAAAGUAAGCCAUAAAAAUUAUUUGGUUGCGAAGAAGAAAUCAACUGAGCAGGAACUGAACGAAAAAGACGCUGAUAACCACGUAAAGCGCGCCAAAUCUGAUAUAGGCGGAGGUAAAAAAGAAAAUUUACAAAAACUAACGGUAAAAGAACUUACUACUACCGAAGAGAUGCAAGUUGUAAGCGACUGCCAUACAAAAACAACAAAUGAUCAUCAAAGAAUCGCAACCGAAUUUAACCAAACACCGAAGCGUCGUAAAACGAGUACAAGCAGCGAUGAUUCGGAAGUUAUGUCCAAGUCGCAACGACGUAAACGCUUUAGAAUGCGUAUUGAAGACAGCGAUGAUGAUGACGAGUAUGCAACGCACUCGUCGCCUACAGCAGUGCCGGAACCAACAGAGUCACUUGUUGAUGUGGCACGAAAAAAUAAAGAUAUUAUCGAUAUACUGCAAAAUGAUCGUGCCAGUGAGUCGAAUGACAAUCUGCCUGCGCCGCAAACACCGACCUCACUACCGAUGAACGUCAGUCAGGAUGCCGAAUAUGAAGAGAUCGAUUCGCGGCUACAAUUAAUGUUCGCUUCGCCCAAAAUUGCCAACAAAACGUCGUCCAACAAUUCACUUGCAGUCGCCAACCAACUUAAGACUCAACUACUGCAGUCCAACUUGCAGGAUAGUGCAAUUGUAGAGGCUGUAACUGGCACUGUUUCGCCUAAAAUUGCAGACAAAACGUCGUCUACCGACCAACUUGUGAUCGAAACCCCGAUUAAGCAGCCAAUUUUGGAGGAUCGUGCAGUUGUAAUGGGACUAACUUCGCCCAAACCUGCACAUAAAGCGUCGUCUGCCCAACCGGUUGUCGCAAACCCGAUUAAAUCCCAACUAACGCAGCCAAUUUUGGACGAACAUGCAGUUGUAACGGACAUGACUGGUACCGAAGCACCAAUCGGCAUUGACUUACCUCUCACUGCAUCACCUGUUGGCGAUGCAAAACCACCCGCUGAUUUCAAUGUUACGGACAGCUUCCUCAGCGACAUCACCGCCAACUCUUUCCUCGCAGCCGAUAUGAAUGUAACCAUAGAAGAAACCAAUCAUACCAACACCUCGCUCAGCGACAGCAGUUUGAGUACGAAGCACAUUUCGCUCGGUUCGAGUGAUUACCGUUUUGAAAAGGUUUCGGAGAAUGUUGUGAACCUAUUUAUAACGCGUAAACGUCGGGGCAAGCGAAAGCCAACUGCCACUAUAACAACAAAUACAGUAUCGGCAACUUAGCUUGUAAGCACACCACGCAUGUUGUAUAUUCGAAUAUAUAUACUAUAUACAUAUGUAUAUAGUUACAAAAACUGAA